AUGACCAUAUUUCCAUUUUACAUAGACAUUUACUCAGACGAGUGUCUGGAAGGAAACGGACCUGAUAGUCGCUCCUCCUCAUCAUCAUCCUCGCGCUCAGUCAUGAAAGACUUUCGGGAGAAGCUGCGGGGACACCGGCACGCCCGUUGGAUUCUCCUGGCAGUCGUUAUCGUCGUCGUGGUGCUUAUUAUUGGCAUCACGGUGGCAAUAUACUUUGCAAGGAACACCGGCGGAGGUGAGAGCGAUAUGAAAUGCAUGCAUGCUCGGUUCCAAUACCGUGACGCCACACGCUUCGGUAAACGGGACUUCGACGUCAUCAACAACAAACAUUCCCUCCGACCAUCCGUCAAUUACCACACAGAGCCCUACAUCGGAAGAAACAACUUCGACGCAAACAACCGAGAAAUCAACGACACCAAAACCAACAACAAUCACUCCGUCAACCACGGUCCCAUUGACCACACCAACAACCACUACAAUAAAAACUUCUACUCAAACAACAUCAGCUACAACAAUUACAUCAACAGUUCAAACACCCACAUCAACAACAACAAAAACAACGACAAACGCAACUCAAACAUCAACCACGCCCACGUCAACAACAACAACGCCAAUAACAACGACGCCAAUAACAUCAACUGGAACAACUAA